AACAAACCGGUUUUAGUUUCCGGUUUACUCAGCUAAAGCGCAAUUAAAAUCCUCUCUUCUUCUUCUUGCACUCGCCGAAAUUGUGAUUUGUGAUCUAAGAAAGGAAGAUGGAGAGCAUCAGACAAUCUAGCAAGAACUCGAAGAAGACACACGUCUUCUUAUUGGUUGCCCUGAUACUAUUGAGCUCGAUCGAGCGAAUCUCUUCGCUCUCUGUGACGGUUAGCAACGAUGAAUGCGUCCAAGAGUAUGUCCUUUACGAAGGAGACACCGUCUCCGGAAACUUCGUCGUCGUAGACCACGAAAUCUUCUGGGGACCAGACCAUCCCGGUUUGGAUUUCACGGUGACGUCACCUUCUGGGAACAUUGUACAGACGUUAAAGGGGACAUCAGGAGAUAAGUUUGAGUUUAAGGCACCGAAAAGUGGAAUGUACAAGUUUUGUUUCCAUAAUCCUUACUCUGCUCCCGAGACUGUCUCCUUCUAUAUUCACGUUGGUCAUAUCCCCAACGAGCAUGACUUAGCCAAAGACGAACAUUUGGACCCGGUGAAUGUUAAGAUAGCUGAGCUGAGAGAGGCUUUGGAGUCCGUUGUUACUGAGCAAAAGUAUCUGAAAGCACGUGAUACCCGUCACCGUCAUACAAAUGAGAGCACGAGAAAGCGAGUGAUAUUCUACACAGUAGCAGAGUACAUCUUUCUGGCAGCAGCAAGUGGUCUUCAGGUUCUCUACAUCCGCAAGCUCUUCAGCAAGUCUGUUGCAUACAACAGGGUUUGAACAUGUUAGAACUGAUGAAUACAUAAGUGGUAGUUAAUUAAGAACUUAAUAGCUAAGGACCCCUUUUUUUUUGUUUUCGGUUUCUACAGUUUUUCAUUGACUUCAUUUUUGCUCAUGUUUUAUUAACAUGGAGAACUUGAUAAAUCUUAUAUUCUGAUUCAUUAAUCUUACCUCCUCCCGG